GGACUCGAGCUGGUCUCAGGAGAUCCCAACUGCAGUGUUGUCUGUGGACGUCUACACUCAGCAGAAUGUAUUCUCUCUUGGCGUUUGCUGUGCUCUGCGUCAGCGGCCUGGCAAGUCCUGCCUUGGUGCACUACUCCUUCUCUCAAAGUGUUGGAGGUGGCAGUGGUACUUCCUUCUCCACCAGUGGACAGGGAAGGAUCACAGCGGUCAGGGUCUGGGAGGUUCCCAAUCAAUACAUCACCGGUAUCCAGCUACGAUACGAGUACAUCUGGUCUGCACUGGUCGGUCGCCAAUAUGCCACUGUGCAUGAGAUGGAGCUUUAUCCAAACGAGGCUAUUGUCCAGGUUUCUGGUAAAUACCACUCCAACUACAUCUAUCAGCUGAUAUUUGUGACCUCCAGAGGGCGCUUUCUGAUCGUCGGCCAGCCUAUACAGACAUCCUUCAACAUGUACCCAGUCCACGAGGACGGAGAGCUCAGAAUACUGAGUGGCCGAACCAAUUCUGCUGGAAUUACAGCACUGGCGGCUCACUGGGGAGUGGUCUACAUGGAUCAGGGCAACAGCACUGACAUUAGCACUUAGUGAACAACUGAAAUUCUUUAUACAACUUGAUAAGUGCAAUGUAAAACCAUAUGUGCACUGGAUAAUAUUUUUCCACUGUUUAUGUUAAUGGCUCUGUUAAAUCAUAGUUAAAAAUAACUAAAUAGAUUAAUGACAGUUAACUCAGUUAGUGACCUUACGUGAUAAAGGUAAACAUACAUGAUCAACUGAAAUAUGCAGCACUGAAGCAAACAAAGCAAUGAUUUACUGCACUUAAUAUCAAAAAUUUCAAUGCUGCAAGGAUAUCAAGGGACACAAAUGUCUGAUGAUUUUUAUUUCUGGAUGGAGAAAUGUUAAAUUCGAGUCUUAUUAAAAUCUGUUGCAUGCACCAGACUUUUCUAUUUGACUUCUUUUGUGAAAAUGCAAACUUCAUAAAAUGAAAGUGAUACAUCC